AUGGAACAAACAGAUAAAUUUCAGAACAUUGAGACCCUGCAGCAACGUAAUAUCUCUAUGAGUAACAAUUUUCCUAAGGAUUUGUUGCAAAGGUUCAUAUAUGGGAAUCAUUAUAAUCACAAACUAAAUGGAGAAGAAGGAGAAGAAGACCUUGAGCUAAGUCUUGGGCUUUCAUUAAAUGGUAGAUUUGGUGUGGACCCAGAAGCCAAGAAGAUUACCAGAUCAUCUUCUACAGCAGCAGAUUUUCUUAACCCUAUGAGAGAGAAUGUAAAUGGAGAUGGAGAUGGAAAUGCUUUUGUGGUACCUAAAAUGGAAAGUGAUAGUCUUUCAAGGACUUGUUCUUUGCCAACAGAGACAGAGGAGGAGUGGAGAAAGAGGAAAGAGAUGCAGACGCUUAGGAGAAUGGAGGCUAAAAGGAAGAGAUCAGAGAAGCAAAAGAAUUGCAAAGCAGUGAAGGAUAAAAAGACCGGUGAUGAAGAUAAUAAGAGAGAAAAUGGCACAACUGGUAAUCACCAUCAAAAAGAGUUCCUUAAGAAUUUCAAUGGUUUGUUUGGUGUUGGUAUAGAAGGACUGUUAAGACAGGCAGAAGUGGCAGCACCACCAUUAUCACAAGCAUCACAUGCGACUGGAUCACCUGCGAUAACAGAUGUUCAGAGCCAGCCAGUUCAAGAUAAUAAUCUUGAUGAACAUGUUCAUUCUGGUGAAGCUCAUAUGCUGUGGUUGCCAGCCUUGGACCAGCAGCUUCUUGGAUUUUAUAAAUAUCGAAUGACCAAAUGCACCGAAUCAAGAAGCCCUGUCAGUGUCCAGUCUUUGUCAGUGUGUGAGCAGAAAUUGAUCAUCGCUCCUGGAUUAACACCAGCUGAAAAAUCAGGUUGCCCUGCAGGAGUUGCAAUCGAAAAGAACGGAUCUAACAAACUUAUAGUCGCUGAGAAAGGAACCAAGGAAGCAGUGAGGGAUGUGUUGGAGGACAUGCCAUGUGUAUCCGCAAUAGGAGAUGGUUCCAACGGGAAACGAGUAGAAGGUUUUCUCUACCGAUAUAGGAAAGGUGAGGAGGUGAGGAUAGUAUGCGUUUGCCACGGAAGCUUUCUUUCACCAGCUGAGUUUGUCAAGCAUGCUGGUGGUGGUGAUGUAGAACAACCUCUUAAGCAUAUAGUUGUUAACCCCUCUCCUCCUUUUUUGUAA